CGUAGGCCCGUAGUAUUGCAAUUGGAGCAUUGGCGAAACCAGCCAACAUUAAUACAUCCUCUUCAGUCUUCUGCCCGACACUGGUUUUUAUUUUUGUUGACAAUCUCUGAAAGUUUGAAGCUAGGCGUUUUCCUCUUGGAGCCUGUCCAUGCCGGGUUUUCCGUCAUCAUUGAGUUCAACCUGUAAGAAAACCAGAAUGCCGUGGGACUCGGGUUCCAAAGCUAAUGUAUUGUAUGAUCUUCGGAAAAGCUAGUCCAUCUUUGCAUGGGUUUCGAUAGUGAGGAAAGAGUGAACCGUGAACGUAUGUGGAGAUUAGUUGGUGGGGCGUACGUCUAAGUCAAGGUCAAUAGUUUUUUUAGACUUGAUGGAUGAUAAAAGUCGAUGGUACUAAUGAAGAGGCCAUUUUUUGAAACUAUUCUUGUGAUGGUGAGGGUUUUGGCAGAUGAAAAAAGACCGUGUCUAUGAGAUGGGAAAGUAGUUGAGGCCAAUUUCUUUUCAAUUGGGAGUUUGAGAAGCUGCUUGAAUCCGAUUUCUUCCUUCACUGCUAGUAAUCUGGACCUAAGAUGGAUGAUGGUCGGAAACAUGAAAAUGGGAGACAUAAAAUGGAUUAUUACAGAGAAUCACAUUCUCCGUGGAAUAUGGUGCCCCAGCAUCAACUGAAGGAACCAAAUGCCUUAGUCAUGAAUAAGAAGAUCAUGUCUAUUAUUUCUGAGAGGGAUGCUGCCAUUCAUGAAAGAAAUGCAGCAAUAUCAGAAAAGAAUGAAGCAUUGGCUGCCCGAGAUGAGGCACUCCAUCAACGAGACGAGGCGCUUGCUCAGCGGGAUAGUGCCCUAAUGGAACGAGACAAUGCCUUUGCAGCACUUCAAGUCCGGGAUAAUACCAUGAACUUCCCAUUGGGUGGUGGAAUUCAGCGUGGUACAAAGCGCAUGCACCACCUCUCAAACCAUCCAGAUAACUUGGCAGAAGCUCCUUACAACACAAAGGAAGCACAGAUAACCAAUGCCUUCCCAAUAACUGUUAUAGCUUCUGAAGCUGUCAGGUCACAUCAAGCAAAGCGUACAAAGGACAACAAGUCAGUUUGCUCUAAGCAAUCGAAGUCUCCGAGAAACGGAAAGAAAUUAGGUGAGGAUUUGAAUAGGCAGGCUGCUUCUGUUGGUACGAAGUAUAGAUCUGAGUGGGACGGUCAGGAUGUGGGCUUGAACCUUGUUAUUUUUGACGAGUCUACCAUGCCACUGCCAGUUUGCUCUUGCACUGGAGUACUCCGACAAUGCUACAAAUGGGGGAAUGGUGGGUGGCAGUCAUCUUGUUGCACCACCAGGAUGUCAAUGUAUCCCCUGCCUCAGAUGCCAAAUAAGCGCCAUGCACGAGUGGGUGGGCGAAAAAUGAGUGGAAGUGUCUUUACAAGAUUGCUCAGCCGGGUGGCAGCAGCAGGCCAUGAUCUAUCACUACCAUUGGAUCUCAAGGACUCCUGGGCCAGACACGGAACAAAUCGUUACAUCACCAUCAAGUAGGUUAUGGAUUCAAUCUCUGGGAUAGAGUGCAUUUUCGUUUUGAGCCUCUCUAUCAUAUCCUAAAUUCUACCGAUAUCUUCAUUUGUAAAUAUUGCUGGACUGAAUGGAAGCAAGAGAUGGAACAUUGAUAGGGGGUCCAAUAUAGAUGAUUUUUUUCUUGGUAGUAGAGUUUGUACUGAUUGCACUAUA